AUGCCUCCUCCUCCCUCGUCUUCAAACCACCGCAGUCGUCGCAUAGAUGAUGCCCUAUCCCAACUCGUCGGAUCCCUUCUCCCACCGUUAGACCACGGCUAUAACAAUGAAGACGACGCGCCCGGUGCCUUUCCGGGUGAAUUCGCACGCGCAGACGCCGCCGCAGCUGAAGAAUUACGACACCGUCGCGCGUUAGAUCUCGCUUGGAGAAUAAUAGAUGCCCACGGAAGCAAGAUCAAUGGUGGCAGUGACCUUCUUGACGGCCAUGAGCAACGGCGUGGAUCUAUAACCCCUGAUGUUGUUAAUAAUGCGCCGGAUUCGAUCAGACGGAAGUUAUGGAGGGAGAAUUCAUCGCCGGACAAGGCGUUGCGAUUCUCAAACUUGUAUUCGAGAUUGUUGACGCAGCCAGUUCUGGGGCAGAAGUCGGCCAUUUUGUAUCUUCUCUAUCGAAUUGGAGAGCAUAAUGAAGAUGAGAGCCCUCGUGGUGGUAGUGACGAUGAUGAGAUUGGGAAUAUACAGAGGCUGGAGAGCCGUGGGAAGUCAGACGGGCGACGGAGCCCGCUGAUGGAGGACCGUCAGUUGGAACAUAUGCUACUAAGUGAUAAGCUGGCUGGGAGAAAACAUUUUGCGGAGAGUAUAGCUCCUGGUUCUUCGGUGUCUGCUGUUGGCAGGGAGCCCAAGCCUGGCAUGAACCGCCCCGGGGCACCAAAGGAUGGAAUAGACAUCAAUAGGGCCAAGGGGAAGGAAGGGAAGAGAAGUUCUGAAGAUGAGAAUGGCAAGCCAUUGCGUCGACAAGUGCAGGAAUCAAUACCAACGCCUCGUACUCCAAAGCCACCCCAACAAGAUGACAAUGUGGACGAAGAGCCACCACCAGCCGAGCCCGCUCUGUUACGUGACCUACCAUUCUGCUUACAAGGCCUAUCAACGACGAAUCUUCACUUCUCACAUUCUACUCUAAAAUUACCGACUACCCUUCCUAUUCCCCUUAUUUCCUUACUGCACACGUUGGCGGAGCCAUGUCUUCUCUAUCGAGGCCUGACAGAAUUCUCCAACAAAUCCGAGGGCGGUCUAGUAGAGCAGAGUUUCCGCGCGGCUAUAGGUGGUGAGCUUCGCGCUUAUCUAGGCUUGGUGGCAAGCCUAGAGGGAGAGAUUAGAAGCGCCCUCACGGCGGUUUCGCGAGCUUCAGAUGAGCCUAAGUCGGUGAUGAAGGCAGGCGUCACUCUAAAACGAUGUGUUGUUUGGAUGAGAGAUGCCACUAUGGCCUUGCGAUUGAUGAGCCUAAUGGUGGAAGAAAUGCAGGAUAAGAAAGGAGGUCAACUUAUAUCUAUGAUACAUGGGUUUUCUACCUCUCAUGGCGAUCCUUUUGUUGGUGCAUUUGCUGAGCGACUUCUUGCACAUGUUACACGUCCAUUUUAUGGAAUGUUGACGCAGUGGAUAUAUGAUGGGGAGUUGUCGGAUCCCUAUCGCGAGUUCUUCGUUGUCCAACCAGAAAGUCGUCCUACUAUUGAUCCACGCCGGACGGCGACGAGCGUCUGGGAUGAGAAAUAUAAACUUGACGAUGUAAUGGUGCCCACGAUUAUGACGCAUGAGUUUGCAAAAAAGGUGUUCUUGAUCGGAAAGUCUCUUAAUUUUAUACGUUAUGGCUGCGGGGAUUCUGCUUGGGUAGUGGCGUAUUCUAGGGAUGCAUCAAAGGAAUUGCGAUAUGGUGAUACGGCUACGCUUGAAACAUCAAUCGAUAAGGCCUACAAGACUACUAUGGCCCGUCUCAUUCACCUCAUGGACUCGAAAUUCAAACUGUUUGAGCAUUUAAACGCGCUAAAGAAAUAUCUUUUACUUGGGCAAGGAGAUUUCAUUGCCCUGUUGAUGGAAUCACUGGCUUCAAAUCUUGACCGACCAGCUAACUCCCAAUACCGCCACACGUUGACUGCUCAGUUGGAACAUGCUAUAAGAGCAUCAAACGCUCAGCACGACUCGCCAGACGUCCUCCGCCGGCUCGAUGCACGCAUGUUGGAGCUUAGCCAUGGUGAAAUUGGUUGGGACUGUUUUACUCUUGAGUACAAAAUUGAUGCUCCCGUCGAUGUUGUCAUAACCCCCUGGGCAUCGACCCAAUACCUCAAACUCUUCAACUUUUUAUGGAGAGUGAAGCGAGUAGAAUUUGCGCUUGGCAGCACAUGGCGACGAUGCAUGACUGGGGCCAGAGGGGUUCUGGGAAGCGUGGAAGACAAAGUCGGCCCGGAUUGGAAACACGCUCGCUGUGUCAUCGCAGAGAUGAUACAUUUCAUCUGCCAGCUUCAGUAUUAUAUUCUCUUUGAGGUCAUCGAAGCCAGCUGGGAUCAGUUACAGGUUGCAAUUUCAAAACCAGGUUGCACACUUGACGAUCUAAUAGAAGCACAUACGAAAUACCUAAACUCCAUCACUCAUAAGGGCCUCCUUGGCUCAUCAACCUCCCGGAGCAGCUCAUCCUCAAACAGCAGUAACAGGGGCGAGGAGUCGUUUCUUGCACAGCUCCACCAAAUACUCAAAAUCAUGCUCGCAUACAAAGACGCUGUUGACGGACUAUACUCCUUUUCCGUCGCUGAAUUUACCCGUCGCCAAGAAUUCAACGCAAAGAUAGAAACUCGCACUGCACAGGGACGGUGGGGUGUGACGGAGCGAGACGUGCAGUCUUUUCAUUCCAGUCGACCCAGUCGCUCUGGGUCUACAUUCCGACGGCCGCGAACGACGAGUUCUAGCACGCCCAUUGUUGAUUCGCCGCUUGACAACCCUUCUUUUCGUGCAUCAGCCGACGGCACUCCUGGCGUGUCUUCCUCGUUCUUCAACUCCAGCCUGACGGCAGAGGAUCAUUUACUACCAUCACUUCGUUCCCGCUUGCGCGACCUCUCAGUUGAAUUUCGGGCUAGGCUGGUCACCUUGCUGGGCGAUUUAGCCUAUCAACCCGAUGUCGAUAUGCGGUUUUUGGGUGUGGUAAUGAAUUUUAAUGAUGUUUACCAAGUAGUUAGGAGGAGAAAAGGCGGUGGGGGCCACACUGGGAAAGAUAGGGAGAGGAAAAGGGCCGGUACUGAGUCAACAAUGCCAGAGAAGAAAGAUGAAAAGGAAAAGGCAAAGGAAAUAGAGAAGCCCACGGAGUAG